AUGUAUCAUUUGAAAGAACUGUGUUUCUUUUUUUUUUCUUCCCCUUUCAGUCCUGCUUUUAAUGAUUGCUCGGACAAAACAGAACAAGAAGUGAUCGAAAGAAGAAGGCUUAAGAUAAGAGGGCUUCAGAGAAACUGUGUUCGUGAGGGGGAUGGGUGGAAGAGAUUAUGUGCCGUAGGGAGUGUGAGGUCAGUGCCACAUGCGCAAAGCAGUGUGCUUUCGUUGCGUUAUUUCCUUCUUGUUACUUCUUCCUUUCUCUUCACUCUUCUUAUAGCGCCUCCCGCUUUUUUGUUAUUUGUCUUCACUCAUUCACUUAUUAUUUUUUUGCCAUAUAAAACCCGAUGCAAACGGGGAUAA